UAACUCGGUUUCCUCUUCCGUAAAUUGGAAAUGAUGAUGUAUAAUAGUGUGUGACAAAAUUCCAGUUCGAAGUUGCGGGACAGAACACCAGAGGUACAAAUCAUUCUAGUGAUCCGACUUAAGUUGAGGUCAAGGGACAGGAAGGAGAUUUAGAUAGUUUAAAAUCUCACAGCGGAGGGGAUUAAUUGGGGGGGGGGCGGGUAUAGCCUUUCUGAUCCAGGGUUGAGCGAUGGCUGCCCUUGCUCGCUGGCUGGAGCGUCUCCUCCGACCUACUCGCAAGGAAAAGGAGGGGGAAGAGGAGGAAGAUGAGGAGGGGGAGGCGGGGCGCCGGGCCCUCGACCUGUCUCAGUCUCUCCUGACUGCGCCGCGCUGCGCCCAGAAGCCACACGGGGGUGCCGCGGCGUCUUGGGGCCUGCGCUUCGGGGCAAGCGCAGCUCAGGGCUGGCGCGCACGCAUGGAGGACGCGCACUGCGCUUGGCUCGCGUUACCCGAGCUGCCCCCGGGCUGGGCUUUCUUUGCUGUACUCGACGGCCACGGCGGGGCGCGAGCUGCUCGCUUUGGUGCGCGCCAUCUGCCAGGCCACGUGAUCGAGGCGCUGGGCCCGACACCUGUCGAGCCCGAGGGUGUACGCUGGGCGCUGCGCAGAGCCUUCUUGAGCGCAGAUGAGCGCCUGCGCUCGCUCUGGCCCCGCGGCGAACAGGGCGGCUCCACGGCUGUGGCAUUGCUCGUCUCUCCGCUCUUUCUAUACCUGGCGCACUGCGGUGACUCUCGCGGGGUGCUGAGCCGCGCCGGCGCUGUGGCCUUCUGCACCGAGGACCACCGACCUUUCCGUCCCCGGGAACGGGAGCGCAUCCACGACGCGGGCGGCACCAUCUGCCGCCGGCGCAUCGAGGGCUCUCUGGCCGUGUCGCGAGCACUAGGCGACUUUGCUUACAAGGAGGCUCCGGGGAGGCCCCCAGAGCUGCAGCUCGUUUCCGCGGAGCCUGAAGUGACCGCACUGGCACGCCAAGCUGAGGACGAGUUCAUGGUCCUGGCCUCUGACGGCGUGUGGGACGCUAUAUCUGGUGUUGAUCUGGCCGGGCUGGUAGCUUCGCGUCUCCGUUUAGGCCUGGCCCCAGAGCUUCUUUGCGCGCAGCUGUUGGACACGUGUCUGUGCAAGGGCAGCCUGGACAACAUGACCUGCAUCCUGGUCUGCUUCCCAGGGGCUCCCAGACCUUGUGAGGAGGCCAUCAGGAGGGAGCUGGCGCUGGACACAACCCUAGGUGACAGAGUUGCUGAGCUGUGUGCCUCUGCUCAGGAGCCCCCCAGCCUAAACAGUGUUUUUAGGACUCUGGCCUCAGAAGACAUCGCAGAUUUACCUCCUGGGGGAGGGCUGUACUGCAAGGCCACCAUCAUCGCUGAAGCUUAUUCUCAGUUCUGCCAGUCCUCAAGAGAGUGCUGGGAGAAAGGGCAAGAUGAGGCUGGGAAGCUCACUGGCACCCAUUCGGGCUCUGUCUUGGACUUGGAAGUCUGACGGCUGUUGACCUUUGGGAACCGAACAGUCAACUGGGGCCUCAACAAAACCCAGGAGUAAAAGUGCCCCCUUCCCCAGCUACAUAGACCAGAGGAAGGAAGACAAGCUGAUGGAAGAACCCCAGAAUGCUUAUUUCCCCUUUUCCUACUUCUUCCUCACAGAAAAGUCUUAUGAGAAGGGAAAUUCCACCACCAUCUAUACCAGAAAAAACAAACAAACAAACAAAAAAACAGCCAAAGAUUUUUGAAAUAUUUAGA